GUUAUGUAUGAUUUUGCUGCUGAGCCUGGAAACAAUGAGCUGACUGUCACUGAAGGGGAGAUCAUUGUAAUUACGAACCCGGAUGUUGGUGGAGGCUGGUUAGAAGGAAGAAACAGCCAAGGCGAGAGGGGACUAGUUCCAACAGAUUAUGUUGAGAUUAUAACUGAAGAUAGAACUAGCUGUGGGAACUCAUUAGCUGACCAAGCCUUCUUUGAUUCCCUUUCUUCAAAUACGGCUCAGACCACCAGUGUUGCAAAAAGCAGUGAUCAGGCAAACAGUGCUGGUGAUCCUUGGUCCAGUUGGAAUGUUGGGAAGUCUGGGAACUGGGACAAUGGAAAUGCUGUUGACAGCUGGGCGACGAAGCCUGAAAGUACAGCUGGCCAGAGAAACAGUGCUUCAAAUAACUGGGAGGCAGGACCAGCAUUUGGUCAUCCACAGGCAUAUCAAGGACCAGCUGCUGAUGAUGAUGAUUGGGAUGAUGACUGGGAUGACCCAAAAUCAGCUUCACCAUCUUACCUUGGUUACAAAGAGACUGAGACAUCAGAGGCUGGGGGGGUCCAGCGUGGAAAUUCUCGUUCAGCUGCUAUGAAGUUACCACUUAACAAAUUUCCUGGAUUUGCAAAACCUGGGAUGGAACAGUAUCUGUUGUCAAAGCAGCUAGCAAAACCCAAAGAGAAAAUUCCCAUAAUAAUUGGUGAUUAUGGCCCAAUGUGGGUUUAUCCUACCUCUACAUUUGACUGUGUGGUGGCAGAUCCCAAAAAAGGUUCUAAAAUGUAUGGUCUCAAGAGCUACAUUGAAUAUCAGCUGACCUGCACUAACACUAAUCGGUCUGUCAACCACAGAUACAAGCACUUUGACUGGUUGUAUGAGCGUCUUCUUGUUAAAUUUGGAUUAGCCAUUCCAAUCCCAUCUCUUCCAGACAAGCAAGUAACAGGGCGCUUUGAAGAAGAGUUUAUCAAAAUGCGUAUGGAGAGACUGCAAGCUUGGAUGACGAGAAUGUGUCGCCAUCCUGUUGUCUCAGAAAGCGAAGUUUUCCAGCAGUUUCUCAAUUUUCGAGAUGAGAAGGAGUGGAAAACUGGAAAACGGAAGGCAGAAAAAGAUGAAACUGUAGGAGUCAUGAUAUUUUCUACAAUGGAACCAGAAGCUCCUGACUUGGACAUGGUAGAAAUAGAACAGAAAUGUGAUGCAGUGGGUAGGUUCACCAAAGCAAUGGAUGAUGGAGUUAAAGAGCUGCUGACAGUGGGACAAGAGCACUGGAAGAGGUGUACAGGGCCACUACCCAAGGAAUACCAGAAGAUAGGAAAAGCAUUGCAGAGCCUAGCACUGGUCUUCAGCACAAGUGGAUACCAAGGAGAAUCUGAUCUCAAUGGAGCAAUAACAGAAGCAGGAAAAACCUAUGAAGAAAUUGCCAGUCUUGUAGCAGAUCAGCCCAAGAAAGACCUUCACUUUUUGAUGGAAACAAAUCAUGAAUAUAAGGGAUUUCUUGGUUGCUUCCCUGAUAUCAUAGGAGCUCAUAAGGGAGCAAUAGAAAGAGUGAAGGAAAGUGAUAAAUUAGUUGCAACCAGUAAAAUAACGCCGCAAGACAAACAGAACAUGGUGAAGCGUGUGAGCACCAUGGCUUAUGCACUACAAGCUGAGAUGAAUCACUUCCACAGUAACCGGAUUUAUGACUACAACAGUGUCAUUCGCCUGUAUCUGGAGCAGCAAGCACAGUUCUAUGAAACGAUUGCACAGAAGCUGAGGCAGGCACUCAGCCGCUUUCCGGUGAUGUAGAGAUGAAGGAGCAGUCAACAUUAAAGAACAAUUCUGAAGUGCUUUUCUGAUUUGGGGGCAAUGCCAAUAAAAACUUGCUAGACUUUGCCAGCCAAAAA